ACACAUUCAUGGCUGUCUCACACAGGGUUGUGUUGACACCAUACAUGCGCUAUGUGUUUAGUGUGUCGGUAGGAAGAUGGACCUGAAAAAUCUUUUAAUUACCACAUUGAUUCAAGUCAUCUCAUGUCAAGACGUUACUGUAACAUUAACGAUAUCACAACCGGGAACAACUGCGGGAUCGCUGGUAGAGCUUGUGUGUCAGCAGUCUGGACAAGGGUGGAAAAGAGAUUGGAAUCGUGACGGCCAACUAGUCCUCACUGUGACGAAGACAAGUAAAGUCCCCUGUGGCGUGGAAUGGCAUAUAGAUACUCCGGCGAAUACGGAAGUGAUUUGUCAAGAAAACAGUGGACGUUUCCUGCUAAAGUUCAACCAGUCUAGGAUUGAACUGAAUGGCACAAUAUGGGACUGCAAGAUUGAUGAUUCAGAUGGCAGCAACAGUGUCACUAUUGAAUUAACAGAAGAGAAAAAAGCUCAACCAAACGUACAUGUCUUCAAGAAAACCAACGCCCUUGUUGAUGGUGGUAAUGUAACUUUAAUAUGUAACGUCAGUGGAGUUUCUAACGUCACAUACAUCACCUGGAGUCAGUACUGGAAGGACCAGCUCAUAAGGAAAGUCAAAGGUCCCUUCUCCUCUCUGCAUCAAUUCAAUGUCUAUGGGGCAACGUACGCAGAUGAAGGCAACUAUACUUGCAAUGUAACGGCUCUGGUUCCAAGUGGACGGAAGAUCUUCCUCUCUGGAUCUGAAGAAAUACUAAUAAAUGGUCCUCCAGUUUUCAAGCGACCAGAUCAAAGGAUCCUAUCAGCAUUCCCAGGUCAAGAUGUCAUCCUCUCCUUCCAAUAUCUCUCCAGUUCUAUUGAUGUAAAUCACACUGUUCUUCACGACGACGUUCAUCAGAGCAUCUCGAACUGGAGCAGUGGUGUCCAAGUUACCUUCAUUGUGCACAGCAUCACACUGAAGAGAGAAGGAUUCAUGGUGAACUUUACGUUGAACAAUAUAACAGACCUCCAGAGAGGGACAUAUUCCGUCACGACAUGCAACGAUUUUGGUUGCGCUACAUCGUACUCAAUUCAACUUCGUGUUUCGGAUCCAACCACACCCAACAUGAUAGCAUCGUUAUUCAACUUCCUGAUUACGUUGACUGUGAGCGUGGGAUGUGUCCUGUUAGCGGGAGUCGUGGCCGGUAUCAUCGUCACUGUGAGGAAACGCAGUCAUCGGAAGUCCCUUGACAACGGUGUUGUACAGAACGACCUGUAUGAGACUUCCAGUCGUAUCAAUGACGAUGACGUUGCCGAUUCUUCUGCAGAUGAUGCUACGUUCAGGAGAUCUGUAUUAGUCAUGCAGGAGAACGAACUGUACGAAAAGAGCGGUGAAGGUCAAACAGUGCAAAUAAUGGACACAACUGAUAUCUACUCAGAAGUCAAAAAGACAUGAAGAUGAAGCAAUUUUGGAUGCACAUGUCACCACAGUCCAGCAGAAAACUCCAUGUUCUACCGGAACUGUCCGAUUGCCAAUACUACGCAGCGCGUUUGUAUUGUGAAUUAAUUCUUCUCGACUGUUAUACGGCUUGUAUAUAGCGUAAUCAGUUUCUUUACAUUACUGCCAUCUUGCUGCCACUGAUAAAUCAUUAUGUUCCAACAUGACGGAACAGGAAACCAAAUGAGGGCUUAAAGGCUCAUCUACACUUUUUUCGAAUUGACAGGAAUCAAGGAGUGUCAGCCAGAAAAAAAUAUUUCCAAACUUCUAACUGCAUUCAGGAGAGAAUGUCAAAAUAAACAUUAUUUUCAAGUUUUGUAAGAUUGCCAUUUUACUGGCGACUCAGUGACAGGUGGUCACGUUUUUAUGCGAGUCGGCAGUGUUCUGAUGACGUCAGGGCUCACUUGGAGAGCAAUCGGGACGUUCUGACCGCAUUCGAGCUGUAUUCGACGUGCAUUCGAGCUGUAUUCCAACUACAAGCGAAAUAUUCCGAUACAUUUGAAGAAUAUUCCACCUGAAUUCGAGCAGCAAUCGAGUUCGAAACUCAUUCGAGGCGCAUUUGAAGUGGCUUCUCCAUUGUCCCUACGUUCAAAAUACUUAGAAUAAUACACUAAGACUACAGUAAGAGCACUUAGAAUGCAGUUAGAAUGCACUUCAAAUACCGUUCGAUAUUUUUCCACUUCGAAUGUACCUCGAAAGAUUUGAACAUGUUCAAAAUAUUCGGGCAUGUCACAAAAAAUUAUAGUUGGAAUGCAUUUGGAAUGCAGUAAGUAGUUUUAGAAUGCAGUUCGAAUUUCCAGGAAUCUCCAGGAGUUUUCAAUCCGACAGAAAUCAGGCUCGUUCUUCCUUAAGUGUAAGGGGGGUAUUAACAAAAUCAUUAUAAAACAAGUACAGUGAUAAAACUAACUCUGUUGGCGCCCUUGUCGCUGUAGUGAGUCUGAUACAAGUUCUGAUUUUGCCUUACAAAUUAUGCAUGUUCCGCGUUUGCUCAGUGAUUCAUUGACUCGCCUUUGCAUGUGUUUGUGCCUGAUAGUGAUAAUAAACCCAUGCUCAUUUUUUAGUCUCAACCGUAAAUCGAUUUUUUUUAUUCUAAUUUGUACAAACCACAUUUCGUGCCUGUAUUAUAAUAUUUGACGGAUACAUAUUUCGUUUAUAUUUUUCACAGGAACCAUUGUUUGUUAUUCUUGAACAAUAUUACACGAAUAUUGAGGUGAACGAUACAUCACAAGUUCAACGUAGUGCAUUGCUCGACUAUUUCAAAAGACAUUUGUUUGUGACGGGUUCACCAGUGUGGCAGAAUAUCGUAAGUAACGUUUAUCGUAAGUACUUUACAGGGGCGGUGGGGUAGCGUAGUGGUUAAAAUGUUCGCUCGUCACGCCGAAGACCCAGGUUCGAUUCCCCACAGGGGUACAAUAUGUGAAGCCCAUUUCUGGUGUCCCCCAGCCUUGAUAUUGCUGGAAUAUUGCUAAAAGCGGCGUAAAACUAAACUCACUCACUCACUUACAUCCCUCUUUAUGGUAGAUUUUUGGGGACAUUUCAAAAUCUGACGUCUCACUGACAAAAACUUAUGUGAAAGGCAACUUCUAUUUGUACUUGCACCAUAUGUCCCAAUAUUUUAGUCACUUAACUUAUUUGAUUCAUACCAUACGUCCCAGUGUGUUUGUCAGGUGGCUAAUUGACUUGCUCUUGCAUGUGUUUGUGACCGGUUCAAGGUUACGCUCAUCAUGCUGUAAUCACUAUUAGAUAUUGAUUCACAAACACAUGCACAUGAUCAAUACAAUGGGCUAUUUAUGGUAGUGUUAUUAUGAUUAUGUACACAGUUUUGUCGGUAUUCUUUAAAGUGGGUGGGUUUAGAUUUACGCCGCACUUAGUAAUAUUCCAGCUAUAUGGCGGCGGUCUGUAAAUAAUCGAAUCUUGCCCAGACAAUCCAGUGAUUAACAU